UCUCCAUUGCCUGCCCUGACAUGUUCCCUUCCAAUACGAAUACACACGCAGGGAGAGUGGCUGUGACGCGUCGAAUAGUAAUUAGUUGGUCCCAGGGAACGGUGCUAGGCUCUUGCGAGGUUACCUGUGGCCCGUGUUCCGUGCUGUCUGGGGAAUGUCAGCCAAUAACAACACGCUACGGCCGUUUUUAACCCAACAGGGGGUUUGAGGCCACUUAAGCUACAUUGAAAUAAUUAUGGGAUGCUUGUCGGCACGCAGCUUCAUCACUGGCGACUGCAACCCCCUUUCCAUCUCUUCAGCCUUUUCCGAGGUCAAGUCAGCUACUGAAGACUGACCAUAGUCUUUUCUUCUUCUUCUUCUUCUCGUCCAACCUUUUUCUUGCUCUGGACGUGGCCGAGUGCUCUUCACUCGACACUUUUUUUUUCUUGUUCGGAAUUCAGCAUCCAAUGACAGCCUUGUAAUGAAACCUUGACCUUCUCGACUCUCGUUAACUCCCCGAUUCCCGGAUUGACCAACAACGAUCCUGGCGGCUGAAUUAUCCCACCGUCCACAACAACCCCCCGACCCCGAUAAGAACUACGAUUUCUAGCUAGACUUCGUCCUCUCCACCAUCGACAAUGGCUCGAUCGGCAGCCGCAAAGGCGGCAUCCGGCCGGGUAUCCCCUCCCCUGCCACCGAACCCAGCACCUACCCAACCCAUCCCAGGCACCGUCUCGACAAGCUCGAAGAACAAGAACAAGGGAGCUUCGAAGCGUCCCAACGACUACACGUCCGAGGGCGUGGCCGAUAACGAUGUUUUCCUGCUCCCAGGCUCCGAUUACCAGCUCUUGCUUGGUAUCACCUUGCUGGCCGCUGCGGUGCGCCUGUUCCGCAUCUAUCAGCCCACCAGCGUCGUCUUCGAUGAGGUCCACUUCGGCGGCUUCGCUUCCAAGUAUAUCAAGGGCAAGUUCUUCAUGGACGUCCACCCUCCUCUGGCAAAAUUGAUGAUCACCCUCUUCGGUUACCUCGCUGGCUUUGAUGGAAACUUCGACUUCAAGGAGAUUGGCAAGGACUACCUUGAGCCUGGUGUUCCUUAUGUCGCCAUGCGCUUGUUCCCUGCUAUCUGCGGUGUUCUUCUGGCUCCUACCAUGUUCCUCACGCUCAAGGCUGCCGGUUGCCGCACCUUCAUCGCCGCCAUGGGUGCUUGCUUGAUCAUUUUUGAGAACGGUCUGCUUACCCAGGCACGCCUUAUCUUGCUUGACUCCCCCCUGAUGAUUGCUACGGCUUUCACCGCGCUUGCUUUCACCUCCUUCACCAACCAGCAGGAGCUCGGCCCCUCUAGAGCUUUCUCCCCAAGUUGGUGGUUCUGGCUUGUCAUGACCGGUCUCGGUCUCGGCAUGACUGUCAGCAUCAAGUGGGUGGGCCUGUUCACGAUUGCCUGGGUUGGCGGCUUGACCUUGGUCCAGCUCUGGGUUCUGUGGGGUGAUCACAGAAACGUCACUAUUAGCACCUUCUCCAAGCACUUCUUGGCCCGUGCUUUCUGCUUGAUUGCCAUUCCCGUGGCUUUUUACAUGGCCAUGUUCGGUAUCCACUUCCUCUGCCUGGUUAAUCCUGGCGAGGGUGAUGGCUUCAUGAGCUCCGAGUUCCAGUCUACCCUCAACUCCAAGGGCAUGCAGGAUGUCCCUGCCGAUGUUCUUAUGGGCAGCAAGGUCUCCAUCAGGCACGUCAACACACAGGGCGGCUAUCUUCACUCGCACCCGCUCAUGUAUCCCACCGGAUCCAAGCAGCAGCAGAUCACUCUCUACCCUCACAAGGACGACAACAACCUUUGGUUCCUCGAGAACCAGACCCAGCCUCUUGGCGCUGACGGUCUGCCUAUCAACGGUACCAGCGCGUGGAACAACCUUGAGGAGACUCCUUACAUCAAGAACGGUGCCAUCAUUCGUGUCUACCAUGUUCCCACUCACCGCCGCCUUCACUCUCACGAUGUUCGCCCCCCUGUUACCGAAGCUGAGUGGCAGAACGAGGUGUCUGCUUAUGGUUAUGAGGGAUUCGAUGGAGACGCCAAUGACUUUUUCCGUGUCGAAAUUGUCAAGAAGAAGUCCAAAGCCGGUGUUGCUCAGGAGCGCCUUCGCACCAUUGACACCAAGUUCAGACUUGUCCACGUCAUGACCGGCUGCGUCCUGUUCUCGCACAAGGUCAAGCUCCCCGCGUGGGCCUCUGAACAGCAAGAGGUUACCUGCGCUCGUGGUGGCACUCUUCCUAACAGUCUCUGGUACAUUGAGUCCAACGAGCACGCCAAGCUUGGUCCCGACGCCGAGAAGGUCAACUAUGCCAAUCCUGGCUUCUUGGGCAAGUUCUGGGAGCUCCAGAAGGUUAUGUGGAAGACCAACGCUGGACUUGUCGAAUCCCACGCGUGGGACUCCCGCCCAGACUCCUGGCCCAUCCUCCGCCGUGGUAUCAACUUCUGGGGCAGAAACCACCGCCAGAUCUACCUCAUUGGCAACCCCAUUGUUUGGUGGAGUGCCACAGCUGCCGUCGUUAUCUACAUCUUGUUCAAGGGAAUCGCUGUUCUCCGCUGGCAGCGUAGCUUCAAUGAUUACGCUGACCCGGUUUUCAAGCGCUUUGAUUACGAGAUUGGCACGUCUGUGCUCGGCUGGGCUCUUCAUUACUUCCCGUUCUAUCUGAUGCAGCGCCAGCUGUUCCUCCACCACUACUUCCCCGCUCUCUACUUCUCCGUCAUUGCUUUCUGCCAGAUCUUCGACUUUGUUGUUGCGCGGAUUUCGGCUCUUGGCUUGAAGAAGAACCCUCUUAUCGGCAAGGCCGGUGCUCUCCUUUUCCUGCUUAUCUCGGUCGCCGCCUUCACCUUGCUUUCUCCUCUUGCUUACGGCAACGCCUGGACCAAGGCCGAGUGCAAGCGUGUCAAACUUUUCAACACCUGGGACUGGGAUUGCAAUACCUUCCUAGAUAGCUAUGAGGCCUAUGACCAGCUCGCUAACUCACCUGCGGCGGCUUCGCCCACUUCGACAAGCAAGCCGUCGGUGAACGUCCAGGCCCCAGCCCCUGCUGAGAACCCGGUGGCUGCUGGCGAACAGGCCAAGGCCCCCGCCGUGGAGCAGCCUAAGGAGAAGGUUUCGGGAGCCCCGGCGGCUGGUGAACAGCGUGUUGUCCACACCGAGGAGCGUGUUGAGUACAGAGACCAGGAUGGUAACUUGCUGGAUAUGGAGCAAGUCAAGGCCCUGGAGGGCAAGGUCGAGUUCAAGACCCGCUACGAGACUCGCACCCGCAUCAUUGAUGCUGCCGGCAACGAAGUUUUCGUCGGUGCUCAGGAGGGCGCGCCGGUUCCUGUGGCGCCUCCGCACCCGGAUGUUGAGGGUGUCGACCGUGAGACUCCCAAAAACUUGGCUCCUGACGAAUCCAUCCCGGCUGCUGAGAAGAGCGUCGAGGGCGAGAAGGAGGCCGAGGGUAAGGUCCCCAAACCCGCUAGCGAGAGCAAGGAGAAGACUGCCAAGGAGGAGUUGUAAGAGAAGUGAGAAUACGAUGACGCAUCCGAUGAUGCGUACGAGACCACCGCAAACCCAAACACACCUUGGCCCACCCAACACCUACUUCACUUAAUGUCUCGUUGUACCACCACCAUACACACUAAUGACAGAAGGGAGGGCAUACACCAAGGACUUUGCGCAUUGGGACGGAACGGUUUGGGUGGAGUCUGGCGGGAUAAAGAGCGCAAAAAAAGCAGUCGUUUUUCUUUGGGAAAUUUAUAGGGGGGUAUGGGGAGGGGAAGGAAAGGAGGAGUUCUUCGUUACCAUGUUGCUGUCAUUGUUGGGAUAUGAUGGCAUUUAUGGUUGUCAUUUGUCAACAUUGCGAAAAAGUCGAACGCGGUGAGGUAUGCCAGAGCUACUACCUAUCUGGCGAACUCACACCACACUCUCACACACACUCACUCGCUCAUCAGAGGGGUACCUGUUUUCACUUUUUGUAGGGCCCACUAGAAGUUAUUUCCUUGUGUUGAAGCAAAUCCGUUUUUAUGUGCUUGAGAUG